AUGGGUGCCCUUUUUAGGUUGCCCGAUGAGGAGCUCCUUGCGCCGGUGCUCGAGAGCUUUCCCGGCCGAGGGCACCAGAUCCGGUCGCUGGCGACACUCGUCCAUCCUUGUGCCGCGCCUUGUCGCAAUCUCGUCCUCCAUGGCACCGAAGCCACGGGCAAGUCGACCAUCACGAAGCGGCUGCUCGCGAACCUAGCUGACGCGUACCGUUCCGCCGACCUGCACGGCCGAGGACUUCAGUAUGCCAUCGUAAACGCGGCACAGUGCAUCACGACAAGACACUUGUUCGAGACCAUUGUAGGAUCGCUAGCAGACACACUGAAGUUGGAUGGCCAAGCGGAACCAGGCAAGACGUCUCCUUCGAUUUCCACCACGGCACUCGGGAGACAGAGGCGCUGCGAGACAAUGGCGCAGCUGUCUGUAAUCAUGAGUACCAUGCUUCAAGAGCUGGCCAGGGAUCCAACAUGGAGGUUCAUAUUGGUUUUGGAUGCCAUAGACAGGCAAAGGGAUGCGCCACCCACAUUGAUACCCGCCUUGGCUCGUCUGUCAGAGAUUAUCCCCAGCCUCACCACGGUCUUCAUCGUUACGGCACCGCCUGCAGGCUUCCUCCGAACACCCGCAUCUGCAAUUCUUCACUUCCCCCCGUACACAAAAUCCGAGUUUGUCCGUAUCCUCUCUCUCUCUCCGCCACCUGCGAUAUCCGGCGCGACGCAACUCGAGACGACUGACCUCUGGACCCGAUUUUGCGCCGCCGUUCACGAUGCGUUUGUGCGGUCUGCUUCUCGUACUCUGCCGUCCUUCCGCCACAGCUGCCGCGCUCUAUGGCCGCGGUUCACCGCUCCUGUAACAGCUGGAACCUACUCACCGAGAGAAUUCUCCAAGCUUCUGGUAGCAGCACGGGUUCAUUUCCAAGACGAGUCCCUCCUGGAUCCAGGCAUCCUCUCAGCCCGCCCCGAACUGCCGCCGGCUGCAGCGACCGUAACAACAAGGCCUACCGUGGUCCCUUCGAGACCCCAUGCAAAUGCCACCACUUCGGCCUCGGACCUGACCGCUUUGCUGCCCAUUGCAGCACGUCUGAUCCUCUUGGCCGCCUACCUCGCCUCGCACAACGCUACACGACACGAUCUCACGCUGUUCUCAACCCAUCAUCACAGUCGUAAACGGCGUCGAGGUGGCGGCCUGGCCGCUAGUCGUGGGACCCCCCGCUCCAAACACCGAAGGAUUGCACGAAAACUGCUCGGCGCACAUGCGUUUGUUCUAGAACGCAUGAUGGCAAUCUUUGAAGUUGUUCGAAGCGAAUGGUCUCCUGACGGGACUUGUGCUGGAAACCCCGGCUUGGAUGGCGACAUUGGAAUGGCUCUUGCUACGCUAGCCAGCCUCCGCUUGUUAGUCAAAGUUGGCGCGGGAGACAUGAUGGAUAGAUCUGGAAAAUGGAGAAUAAACAUUAGUUGGGAGUCUAUCAGGGGCAUCGGGAGGAGCGUUGGCGUCGAAGUGGAGGAGUGGCUCAUUGAAUAG